CAAAGGCGGAUAAGGCGGUAGGAGCAGCAGCAGCAACAGCAGGAGCGGCAGGUGCAAGUGCUACCGCUGCUGACGUGGCGGCUGCAAAGCAGGAGCCGGCGGUUGCAACCGUUGUUCGUUGGGACGAGCGAUUCCUGCUCAAGCUACCCGCUGAGCUCAGUGAACAGCUGCUGUGUCCCGCACCUGGGGACAACCCCUUUGACGGCAUUCCGUUACAGUUGGACGUGGCUCUCAUGGCCUGCGGGGCAGCGGGGGGACCCCCCAGGGUGGUCGCUGCAGGCACGCUGCCGUUACAAAGCGACUGGCUGGCGAAUGAGGUCGACACGCUGCGAAACACGGCGGCGACGGCGGCCGCCGCCGCCGCGAGUGGAGGCCGCGGGACGCCGACGGCUGCGCCGUCCGCGGUUUGUGAGACCGUUGAUGUACGACUCUACCCGGCAACGGUCGUCAAUGGCAAUGGGAGUGGUCAUGAUCACGCCACUGGCGGCGGCGGUUCGUCUUCCUCCGUCGCCGCCGGCGACGAGGCUCCCGAGCGACCCAUGGUUCUGCAGCUCCGGCUGAGCUUGGAUGUCAACCAGGUGGACAGCUCCUGGCAGCCCUUCCUCUCCCGCACUCGCCGUCGCAUGUUGCCGCCCCCCUCAUCAUCUUCAUCCAGAUCUGCCGCUUCGCGUGUGGCCCUAUACGGGAGCGACGGACGCGCGGGGUCGGCGGUGGCGGCGGCCGCUGCUGCCGCGGCGGCGGCGGCGGCCGGCGGCGGUCGUCGUGCGUUACGGCUGGGCGGGCGGGAGAGCUCCUGGGUGCCGUUUGGGCUGACUGGCGGAGUGAUCGCUGCGGGGCCGGGCGGGGACUUGCUGCAAGCGUCAAGCUGCAUACCCAUCCGUGUGGGUCCGGGGGUCGUCCUCGAACGCUGCUCGCCCUCCUCCUCCGCUACCUCCUCCUCCUCCUCCUCCCCCAGCAGCCUCAGCGCCCUAGCCGCCCCCCAGGAGCUGCUGCGCUCGCUGGCGGUCCUCGUCAACAGCUGCGAGGUGCCCUUGGAGGCGGCGCUGUUGGUUGGGGACCCUGAGGCCGCCUCCUGGACCCUCCUGGCGGGGGGGGAGGUGGCGGGAGGCGGAGGAGCAGGAGGAGGAGGUCCCGGUUCGACGGCUCCUGUGGUGGAGGAGGUGUAUGAGAACCAGCGCUUCAUACCAUUGCGGGGCUGGUCGCAUGGGAACCUGCUGCCCACUGAGCGCAAGCGUUACAGCCGGCAGGGUCACAGCUACAGCUCGUUUCCGCUGGUGCCGUUGCCUCCUGGGUGGGAGUGGGAGGGGCCCUGGCAGGUGGAGACAGGGGGGCAUGUGGAUGGGGAUGGAUGGUUUUAUGCGCUGGAUUGGCCGCUGUUGCGGUACCCGCCGACGCCUGAUCAGGCAAGGCGGAAGAUAACGGAUUUGGUGCGACGGCGGCGGUGGCUGCGGCGGAGGCGGUGGUUGGGGGUUGGCGGGAAGGGCCGCCUCCCGCCGCCACCUCUGCCUCGCGCUGCCCCUGUACGGCGAGUCCGCCGCCUCCGCCGCCUCGUACGGCCUGCCUCCCUCCUCCAUGUGGAGCGAGCCGCUGCGAGCCGACAUGCUGCUGCUGGCCCCUGGUGCAGCAGGGGGAGGAGCAGCAGCAGCAGGAGGAGGAGGGGGACAGGAGGUCCAGGUGGCGUUGCCGGUGUAUUGCCUUGGACCCGUGGGUCGCUACCACUCGGCGCAUGUGCACCACCUGCAUGCUGGAUUCGGAUCUGGAUCUGGUUCCGGAGCGGGAGGAGUGGGAGGAGGGGGUGUGGGAGCGGGGAGUAGUGGCAUGGCGGCGCUGGCUGCGUUGUCCAACCUGACGCCGCAGCAGCAGCGGGCGUUUGAGUUGCAGCGCGCGCAUGCGGUGGCGAGGCAGAUGUUUGCGGCGCUCGGGGCGGGCAGCCUUAGCAGCGGUGGUAUCAGCGGUUGCGGUAGCGGUAGCGCUACUGCGCAGGGAGGUGGAGGAGCAGCAGCAGGAGGGGAGCAGGUGGCGUUGGGCAAGGCGGGGUCGGGCGGUGUGCGGACCGCAUCCGGGGGCAGCAACAGCGGGGGUCCCCCGCUGUCUCUCAGUCCGGGGCUGGGUCCUGGGCUGCAGCAGCUGCUGCUGUCGUCCGCUGGGUCGCUGGGCAGCGCGGGGUCAGGAGGAGUGGCGCCCACUCCACCCCAACAGCCCUCACCCCACAGCAACAACCAAGCGGCUCCUGCUCCACCUCCCCCACCUCCCCCACCUCCACCCCUGGAGCCCAACCUGGUGCGGCUGGUGCGCCCCACCGAGCUUGGCAAUGUGGAGUUCCUGGCCGUGCUCCUCAAUCUGCGCCUCCACCCGCGCCCCGCCGCCCCGGGCAGCCUCCUCCUCCUCGCCGCCAGCCUGGGCGGCCCGCCCCAGCAGCUGCUGCACAACGCCUCCCCGCUGCCCCUCAGCUGGCGCCAGGCGCACCCCCGG